AUGGUCGACAUUGAGGGCCGGUUGAGCGUCGCCGGCGUGCUAGCGGCUGGUCGACGUUGGACCGCCGACAGCCGCAUAAUGCUCAACCACGGUCAAUUUCUCGGAUUUGUAAAACCCGAUGGAAGCUUCCGCGUGAGCGGCGUCUCUAACGGCAGCUAUAUCGUGCAGGUUGAAAAUCGUGAGCUUCUGUUCGAGCAGGUCCGCGUUGAUGUCUCCUCCAAAGGCAACAUCCGGGCACGGCAAUUAUCGACGCUGAAGCCAAAUGCCGUGGAACUGGUUCCGUACCCGCUACAAAUAAAGGCGCUUGGGAUUCCUAGAUAUGUCCGUCCGAGGGCGCAAUACCAGUGGGCCACUCUGUUCAGCAACCCGACUUUCUGGAUGCUGGCCGUGCCGUGCUUGUUGAUUUUGCUGGUGCGCAGUUUCGGCAGCCUCGAUGAAGAAAUGAGGCGAGAGAUGGAGAAGGGUUCCGCGGAGUUGCCCGACGUGGGUGAGAUGGUCGCAACUCUGCUCGGGCGCCCACCCACCGCAAAGAGCAAGAAGAACGCCGGCAACAAGCCAGUUCCCGUCAAAGCUCAGAAAUGUCGU